UGUGAGAGGAUACACACACAUAUGCUCUCCCAUGCAGGACUGAAGUGUGGAAUUCAUGCAGUUGACUUGAAAAGUAAGGAAGCUGCCUUGGAACCUGGGUUCUUCUCUGGAAUUAUUAGUUGGAGAUAUUCAACAGUUGGUGGGCAUCCGUGGCAGGUCUCCCUAAAAUAAGGUGAGCACCAAUUCUGUGGAGGAAGCUUGAUUCCAGAUGAUCUGGUGAUUACAGCAGCAGUCUGCCUGGUUAGCCUCAAUGAGAAGCAAAUUAAGAAUCUGACUGCUGGAGAGUACGAUCUCUUUCAGAAAGAUAAGCAGGAACAGAAUACUCCUGCCUCUAAAAUUAUUAUUUAUCCUGAGUACAACAGAUUUCGAUAUAUGAAUUCUGAUAUUGCACUACUGUAUUAUCUAAAACACAAAGUCAAGUUUGGAACUGCUGUUCAGCCAAUCUGCCUUCCCCGUAGAGAUGAUAAAUUUGAAGCAGAGGUUCUUUGCAUGGCCAGUGGAUUGGGCAAGAUUUCAGACACAUCAAAAUAUUCAGAUGUCCUACAAGAAGUGGAAAUUUCCAUCCUGGAUGACAGAACAUGUAAUACUGUGCUCAAGAAUAUGAACCUUCCUCCUCUGGGAGGGACCAUGUUGCGUGUUGGAUUUCCUGAUGGGGGAGAGGAUGCUUGCCAGGUGGACUCUGGAGGGCCACUUGUUUGUAGAAGAGACGGUGGAACCUGGACUCUUGCUGGGAUUACUUUCUGGGGAGCUGGUUGUGCUAGAGGCUGGGCUCCUUUAAGAAGUAACCAAAGAAGGGCAUCAACUGGCAUUUUCUCUAAGGUGUUUGAGUUGAUGGGAUUUAUCAGCCGUAACAUGAUCACAGAUGAUUAUUUGAAUAUUAUUUGUUAUUGGGAAAGAGUGUCCACAGGUGGGGCAAAUAAUGAACAUGUGUCCUACGAUUUGGAAGAUUGUAGACCUCAUGGGACAGUAUUGUCUGGAGAAAGUGGGAAGAUUAGUUACCCCCAUUUCAAAGAAGGCAACUAUUCUCAUAAUUGCUUUUGUAUCUGGAAAAUAAAGGUACCAGAAGAUGAAAUUAUCCUGAUAAAAUUUACAAGUUUAGACAUAGAAAAUCAAGGUAGAUGUGAUCAUGACUAUGUAUCAUUGCAAUCAAGUAAAGGAAUGCCUGUUAGUAAGGUCUGUGGAGAUAUGUUGCCCUCACCUUUGCUGACAAACACAAAUGAGACCACAGUUACGUUUGUUUCUGAUACAGAAAAUGGUGGCAGUGACUUUAAGCUUACCUUUACUGCUGUACGGAAGAGCUCAGAAGCAGAUUCAGGCUGUGGGAGAAUGGCUAUAUUGGUAGAAGAAGGGACAAUUCACUCUGCCAGUUAUCCUGACUUGUAUCCCAGGAGUGUAACGUGUCGUUGGUUCAUUCACGCUCCAGAGAAACACAUUAUAAAGUUUGUACCGUUGGCAUUUGAGGACUUUACUGUUGAAUUUAACCAAAACUGUGCAUAUGAUGUUGUUGUGAUUUGUGGUGAUCCAGAAGAGGAGCAUGAGUUAGCUAAACUUUGUGGAAUCUUGAACCUCACCCCAAUAUGCAGUCCUAGUAACAUGAUGAUAACUAAGAAAAUAGUGAUACAUUUUAAAAGUGAUAGUGAAAAUAACUUCUGUAGCUUCAAGGUGAGAUUCACCUUUUUGCCUUCAGUCAUUAGUGCCAUCUUCUUUGCUGUCGAUGUCUGUGGUAACCCUCCUUUUAGCCCCCACUGGCAUUCCAGAAUUGCAGGAGGGAAAGAAGCCUGCCCUCGCUGUAGGUCAUGGCAGGUGGGUUUGAGAUUAGGAGAUCACCAGUGUGGUGGUGUCAUCAUCAACCCAAUUUGGAUUCUGACUGACUGCAGACCACUGAAAAAUAAUCCACUCUACUGGACUAUCAUUGCUGGGGACCAUGGCAGGACACUGAAAGAAUCAACUGAGCAGGUGAGAAGGGCAAAACUCAUUGUGGUACAUGAAGACUUCAGUAUGCUGAGCUAUGACUCUGACGUUGCCCUAAUACAGCUGAGCUCUCCUCGGGAGUACAGCUCAAUGGUGAGGCCAGUAUGCCUCCCACAGAGCACAGAGCCUCUGCUUUCCUCAGACAUCUGUGCUAUAACUGGGUGGGGAAGCAUUAGCGAAGGUGGUGGCCCAGCAAGUCGCUUACAGCAGAUGUAAGUGCCCAUGUUAGAAAGAGAGGUCUGUGAAAGAACUUACUAUCCUGCUCACCCAGGAGGGACAGAGAAGAUGAUCUGUGCUGGCUUUGCAGCAUCUGGAGGGAAUGAUUUCUGCCAGGGAGAUUCUACUGGGCCAUUUGUAUGUAGAUGUGAGAAAGGUCCCUUUGUCCUCUAUGGCAUCAUCAGCUGGGAUGCUGGCUGUGCCCAGCCAAGAAAGCCAGCCGUAUUUGCCAGAGUGAGGGUCUUCUUGAACUGGAUCCAAUUCAAAAUCAAAGAUACGGGCCCUGCUUCACUUCAGAUAAAUAACGAAAGCAAAACUUUAACGAAACAAUUGCCACCACCCAUACCUUCAGUAGAUAACGCAUCGGUCUGUUACUCUGAAGUGCAGCUGAAAGAGCCCAGAGGCUUUUUUUCAACUCCCAGAUGUCCACUGGAUUAUAGAGGAAAACUGGAAUGUUUUCGAGUGCUCAGAGUUUCACAAAGCAGUAUGGCAAAAUUUACAGUUGAGUAUCUGUCACUCCCUGAGUCUUAUAUAUGUUGAGACUCAGUUUUAUCUAUUUAUGAAGAAUACCAGAGUGAGACAAGAAUGUCAGGGAAUCCUUACAAUCAUUUAAACUUUGUGCUAUGA